CAUCAUCGCCUCUGCUAGUCAGCUGCAUUGAAGAAGCUUGGUCUUCAUCACAUCUGUAUCUGCCGUCACUUCACUGGAAAGUAAACUUUCCCGCCUGUAUAAAUCACUUGCCCGCGCGCAUCCACCCGUCAAUCUUCACCACACAUCUGCACUCCCACCAUCCUUUUACCGCCCCUCCAACUGUCUAAUAGCAUGGACCGUUUCUUGGCCCCUCAUACCCCCGAAGCUCUUGCCCACUACCACGUAACAGAAAAUUACUGUUCAUGGGAUAUCGACCAGGCGUCGUUGAAUGAGAACGUUAUUGCGGGAUGUGCUUCUUACCAGGCCUUCAGCCGAUACCUGUCAGGUGCAGACUUAUUCAUUGUGCCAGGAUCAAGAAAGGAGUUGGAGAGCGUCCUGAGAAGAUAUUCAUACGAUGCCAUCCACAAUAUCAUCUCUCGCGCAAGGAGUACUCUUGAGCCUGGAGGGUACAGCAGAAUCUGUCACAUCACUGAGAACUCCGUCAGAAAUGUGCUGGAUACCAAUGACAACAGUGCCACCCUCCUCUCUCUCCACCGUUCCUCUGCUCCCGAGCAUAACAUCUCUGAUAUCAGACAUUCAGCAUCGAGACCCAUUCGGAGCAACUAAGCGGCGCAGCCACUUUGUCUCAUUAUCAUUAUUUCCCGUCGUGCUCUGCCCUUCGUCUCAACGCCACCGUUUGUCCAGUUGUGUCUCCGUCGCCGUCCCCCACAUGUGUAUCACCAUCAGCCUCAUUCAUGUUAUAAUAGCCAUCCGAUAUUCUUUCCUGUGUCAUACUCUUACGUAUCCGGCGCUUAGUCUGCAGACGCACAGUUCAUAAUCUUCGAGCGGUCUUUUGUAGAUAACGACAUCGUCUACAGGAGUCAAAUAACAAACUGUGUACUACAUACUUGCCAUUUUAUCAGUUAUGCCCAGC